AUGGAGCAGCCUUGGCCGGGACCGUGGAGCUUCCCCCGCGCCCAGGGUGAGGCUGAGGAGGAGAGUGACUUGGACCUGUCCCCCGGGUCACCCCGCAGCUCGCAAAUGCCGGACGGCGGCGCCCAGAUAUACGGCCACGGCAUCGAGCUGGCUUGCCAGAAACAGAAGGAGUUUGUCAAGAGUUCGGUGGCGUGCAGAUGGAAUCUCGCCGAAGCGCAGCAGAAACUUGGCAGCUUAGCCCUGCACAACUCGGAGUCAUUGGACCAGGAACAGGCCAAAGCCCAAACGGCCGUGUCCGAGCUGAGGCAGCGGGAGGAAGAGUGGCGGCAGAAAGAAGAGGCCCUAGUGCAGAGAGAGCAGAUGUAUCUGUGGAACACAGAGGCCAUUAGCAAGGAUGUUUUUAAUAAGAGUUUUAUUAACCAAGAUAAAAGAAAAGAAACAGAAGAUGAAGAUAAAUCAAAAUCAUUUAUGCAGAAAUAUGAACAAAAAAUCAGACAUUUUGGAAUGUUGAGCCGAUGGGAUGACAGUCAGAGGUUCUUGUCUGACCACCCUUACCUUGUAUGUGAAGAAACCACCCAGUAUCUUAUUUUGUGGUGUUUUCAUCUGGAAGCAGAACAGAAAGGGGCUUUAAUGGAACAAAUAGCACAUCAAGCCGUUGUCAUGCAGUUUAUUAUGGAAAUGGCCAAGAACUCUCAUGUGGAUCCAAGAGGGUGUUUUCGUUUAUUUUUCCAGAAAGCCAAAGCAGAAGAAGAAGGUUAUUUUGAAGCAUUCAAAAAUGAACUUGAAGCUUUCAAGUCAAGAGUAAGACUUUGUCCUCAAUCACAGAGUUUUCAACCGAUGACAGUUCAGAAUCAUGUGCUCCAUUCUGGUGGUGGACCUAUAGGUUUAUUAGAAUCCUUACCACAGAAUCCCGAUCCUCUCCGGUAUUCUAUCAACACAGCUCUCUGCAGUUUAAACUCAGUGGGACACAAAGAAGAUGAUGAGCCCAAAAUGAUGGACACUGUGUGAUUUGGCCAAGAAUGCUGAGGGUGAGGACUGUUUUGCUACAAGGAGGGGCUUGGCCAUUUUCUUGACACUUUUAUGGGUGCUGCACUUUAUUUUUGUUCGGGUUUUGAUGGGAAGGGGGGCAAAAAAAGUACUGAAAUGUUUUGUAAUUUUUUUUUGUUUUUUUUUAAUGUGCUGCUAGUUUUGUUUUGUCUAUUCUGUUUUCUGGAAGACAGGAGUGGUACCGUAAUUUGUAGGAAGUCAAACUGGACGUUUUUUGGCUACUAAAUUCGCCUUCGAUCUUAUUCCCAAUUUCUGGAAUCAAAGUUAAGAAAAUCUGCACAAAUUCCAUGUUUACAAGAACUGGGUGGUUUUUAGGAAGCAUCUGCUGCAGUCCCCUUUUCUAUGG